CACGUUCACCUUGACGGACUCUCGGCCCGCUCUAUAAAAGAGACGUACACCUCCUCGAUAGCACAGUCACAAUCACAGCCACAGUGAAAUCGUAAUCCAAGAUGUUCCGCACAAUUGCCGUUGUCCUCGUCGUGGCCCUGCCACUGAUUCAAGCCUCCUCUAUCGAUAUUUCUCAGAGAAGCAAAUACCACUUGGAAUUCACCAGCAAAGAUGCCGUGCAACAGUCUAAAUUGAAUCCUUUACUUGGAGAACGCGCAAUUGGAUUCAUCGGUGAUCUCACUAUCGGUUCGCACCAGGCAGACGAACAAAUUUUUUACAGGGAAAUCGAAUUGAACAAUCCCAGUUCUGUAGUAGAUUCCUUGGAGUUGAAAUUGUCUGUUAAGAACGGAAUCCUCCACUAUAUCAGUGUUGUAAAUUAUUCUGGCAGCCAAGCAGUUGUCUGCGACAGAUCAAAUAUUUUAGGGGGAAGCGAAGGUUUCAUUAACAUUCGUCUUCAAAGAAAUAGCAAAGCUUACCUAUCUUUGGUCAUUGCUGCACAUUAAUCGAAUUUUAACGAUUUUAAAUUAAUAAUUGUACCAGUUUUAAAAAAAUUUCUAUAUGAUU